AGUUGGACAGAGCUUUGUUAUUUCAUUUCAGUAUGGCGCUUAGCAAGACCUUUGGACAAAAACCGGUCAAAUUUCAGCUCGAGGAGGAUGGAGACUUUUAUAUGAUCGGAUCGGAGGUGGGAAACUACCUCCGUAUGUUCAGAGGCUCCCUGUAUAAAAGAUAUCCGUCGUUAUGGAGAAAACUGGCAUCAGUAGAAGAACGGAAGAAAAUAGUGGAGUCAUCACAUGACCACGGCUACACUCAGCUGGCCACCAGUGUGACCCUGCUGAAGGCUUCAGAGGUCGAGGAGAUCCUUGAAGGCAACGAUGAGAAGUACAAAGCUGUCUCCAUCAGCACUGAGCCCCCCGCCUACCUCAGGGAACAGAAGGCGAAGAGGAACAGUCAGUGGGUUCCCACGCUGCCCAACAGUUCUCACCACUUGGACGCGGUGCCCUGCUCCACCACCAUCAACCGCAGCCGACUGGGCCGCGACAAGAAGAGGACCUUCCCACUGUGCUUUGACGACCACGAUCCGGCAGUGAUCCAUGAGAACGCCACUCAGUCUGAAGUGCUGGUUCCAAUCCGUCUUGACAUGGAGAUCGAGGGACAGAAGCUCAGAGACGCUUUCACCUGGAAUAUGAAUGAGAAGCUGAUGACGCCUGAGAUGUUCGCUGAGAUCCUUUGUGAUGACCUGGACCUCAACCCGCUGGCCUUCGUCCCCGCCAUCGCCUCCGCCAUCCGACAGCAGAUCGAGUCUUAUCCAACAGACAGCAUCCUGGAGGACCAAGCUGACCAGAGGGUCAUCAUCAAGUUGAACAUCCAUGUUGGGAACAUCUCUCUGGUGGACCAGUUUGAGUGGGAUAUGUCUGAGAGGGAGAACUCUCCAGAGAAGUUUGCCCUGAAGCUUUGCUCUGAGCUCGGCCUGGGUGGGGAGUUUGUCACCACCAUCGCCUACAGCAUCCGCGGUCAGCUGAGCUGGCACCAGAGGACGUACGCCUUCAGUGAGAACCCUCUGCCCACAGUGGAGAUAGCCAUUAGAAACACAGGUGAUGCUGACCAGUGGUGCCCCCUGCUGGAGACCUUGACAGAUGCGGAGAUGGAGAAGAAGAUCAGAGAUCAGGACAGAAACACAAGGCGAAUGAGGCGACUGGCGAACACGGCGCCUGCAUGGUAGAUGAGGCAGCAUCAACCACAGAACAGUGCUCGUCCGACUGCGGUGUGACGUUGUCAAGGUUUGCAACAUCAGCAACAAAGAUGUCCCGAUGUUCCUCCAUCAGGCGCUGGGUGUCUUUACUGCUCCGCCGGGUUCUCAGUCAGCUGUUCACCUUGUUUUUGUUUCAUUUUUUUGUUUUUUUUAAUUAUUAUUAUGUUAAUAUCAUGCUCUGUUUGGCAAAGCCAGAGGUAGAAAAUGUCCCUCCUUCAUGUUUCCCUUAUGAUCCUCAGCGUGGAGAAGCUGCUCUCUCACUUUGACCACUGACUCUCUUUACCUGACCACAGAGAGAGAAGAAACCACACAACCAGUCUCAGAUAAUAUAUUGUUAUGUUGUAUUUGUUGUCUUUUUGUACAUUUUAAUAAUUCUUACAAAAUAAAAAAAAAAAAGUGAAAGCUUGAUUUCCCCAUCUGGUUAUAUUGUGCAUCAUUUAAAGAGUUAUUGAACGAAGUAUUUCAGUAUAGACAGGUGAAUGACUGGUGAUGUUGUUUUGACCAGGUUUGUGACUCUUUUUACACACUUAUUUGUACUAAUGUUCAGUUUUAGGGCUAACCAGUUAAUCAUUUAAAUGUCAAACUUGUUAUUUGAAAGAGUGCAAUUUUGAAAUCCCGGGAUCUCAGUUAUAAUUACGGCUUGCACAAUUAACUGUGUCAAAACAAGCUGUAGCAAGUGAGAGUUUAAAGUGGCAAAUUUCCUCAGCUGCAGCCGACUGGACGAAACAACAAAAAUAAAUCUUGUCUGUGGCCUGGUGUUUGUGCAUUUACACUCAGCCAAAGGUGGUUGUGUGGAAAAUGAAGCAAUGCUUUGUUAUUUUUUUUAAUGUUUGAAAAA